AUGUCUGCUCGGAUUGAUACCGAAGCACCUCAGACUGACGCAACUGGACCGCUGCUCACGAGACUCGGGCAACCUUCAUUGGACCCGGUCGACUUUCUGAACGAUGUCCUUCCCACCGUCAACUUGUCGUCCCAAGCACAUGUCCAGAAGACAACGAGGUCCGCGCAGAUACAGAGCACUUCCACCGAUACCAUCGCUCUCCUCUCCUCGCUCAAUGGCAUCAACAUCCGUGCGUCUUCCGAUCUCGGUACUCUGACGGACGAAAUCAUACGCAGUGGAAAUCGGCUGGCUUACGAGGUGGAAGUCUUGCGUGGUGAUGUCAACGGGCUACAUGAACUGCUGACGGAUUCACUGAAGGAAGACAUUGGACAUUUCGUUCAAACGCAGGCGGUCAAUGCUGCACCAGUGGAUUCUUCUGACCCCGAUGUCGCAGCAACAGCAGAAGCGCAAACAUUGAAGAAUGAACCGGACUUCAUGACACAGUUACGCUUGCUGGGCAAAGUCAAAAAACGAUUAGAAGCAGUCGUGUCCGCAUUUGGCGAGGCGAUGAAGUGGCCUAUACCCCCAUCUGAGGUCUCAGGGGGCUCGUCAUUGAUUUCUGUAUCGGCUCCCGAAUUAGGCAUGCAGAGUACUGCAGAGGACGACAAAGCCCGCGAAGUAUUGAGAGGCAUACGAGCAGAAAUCAACGACCUUCUUGUUGCGGACGGAGGUAGCUAUAGAGGCCUGGAAGCUGCAGCUCGAAGAGUGGAAGAGUACAAAGACUUAGUUCUUCUAUGGAAGGGGACGAAUGAAGAAAGAGCAAGAGUCAAGUUUGUUGACACACUGGCGAGAUUGGUGGACGAUAGAAGGAAAAUCCUGGAUGCGUCGCGAAAUACCAGAGCAGAGGGAGCGCUACCACACGGAGUAGGCACAGGCAAGGGUGCAAAGGGAUCGAGCGAAGGUGGUGGUGCAGCGGGCUUGUUCAGAAAUCUUCAGCGUCUGAAAGAUGACCUGUAUCUCGAGUAG